CGACUGUCUGCCUUACUUUCAGUUAGGUUAUUUUCACACAGGCACAGACAGGCGGAUCAUUCCAUUCUCUAUUUUAUUUGAGGACGAAUAAUUCCGAAUUACACCAAAUAUGAAGUCUAUUCUGUCAAUCGUUGUACUUGGGCUCAUUUACAGCGCCGUGGAGGCAAAAGAAUCUCCCCCCAAGGUGCAGGUGUACAGCCGUAACCCAGGGCAACAUGGGAAGGACAACACCCUGAUCUGUCACGUGAGUGGCUUCCACCCCCCUGACAUCAGCAUCCAGCUCCUGAAGAACGGCGUGGAGAUCCCCGACGCCAAACAGACAGACCUUGCCUUCGAACAGGGAUGGCAGUUCCACCUCACCAAGAGUGUUGGAUUCACACCAGCCAGCCGAGAGGUGUACACCUGCAGAGUCCGCCACCUGAAGAAUCUGAAGACCUACACCUGGGCUGAGUUACUAGUGUAGUUAGAGGAGCACACC